UAUUUUGUAUCAUGAUCUUUUUAACAGAUCCCUCAUUCUAAUAAUACCAUUUAUCAUGCAAGAUUCUUUUAUGAUAUUACACCUUUUAUCCCAACUCUCCCAAUUAUCGCGUUUAUUUUCCUCCCGCAUCCUUACAUUUCCUUAUCCGACGCAGUUAUCAUUUUUUAUUCACUCCUUUAUUCUUAUAAGUCUCUUCAUUAGCUCAAGUAUUUUGUAUAAUGAUUUUAACAGUUCGCUUAUCCUAAUAAUACAACUAUCCCUUAUCAUUAUUACUCCUCCUUUAUCCCAACUCUCCCAAUUAUCACCUCUUAUUCUCUCCCUAUCAUCACAUGUGCUUAUCUGACUACCUUUAGCCAACUUUCUCAGUUAUCGCAUUUAAUUCUCCCAUUUUAUUUCACCAGAUUUACAGCUUCCUC